AGAGAUGCAAUUGCUGGAACUUUGAUGAAGUUCAUUGCAUCUUCUCUAGCCACAAAUAAGGUCCCAGAGGACUGAAGAGUAGCCAAUGCUAUUCCUUUCUUUAAGAAGGGAAGAGAGAGAAUUUUGGGGAUUCCAGGACUCAUGUCAGUGGUCAAGAAUCUAUUGAAGCGGACUCUUCAGUAUAGGACUUUCUCGCUUUUGGAAGAAAAUUGGCUAAUUAGAGAUAGUCAGAGUGGCUUUGUAUGUAGCAGAUCCUGUAUUACUACCUUGAUCGGUUGUUGUAAGGAGAUUACAUCGAUGUUCGAUGAAGGUGGGACAGUGGAUGUAGUUUACAUAGAUUUUAACAAAACAUUUGAUAAAGUCCUCCAUGUUAGAUUGAGCUAGAAGUUUAAGAUGCACGGGGUUUGAAGAUGCACUUACUUAUCAAUGAUAGAGGGUGUGGUCCUGAGUGUUUGGUUGGAGAAUUGUGACCAGUGGGGUUCUGCGGAGAACUCUGCUGGGAACUUUGUUGUUUGUGAUAUAUAAAUUAUAUAAUGGAGAUGUUGUGUUUAAUUUAUUGUCACGUGUGCCAAAAUACAGUGAAAAGCUUUUGUUGUGUGCUAACCAGUCAGCGGAAAGACAAUACAUGAUUAAAAUUGAGCCAUCCAUAAGUUAGCAGAUGGUACUAAGAUUGCUGGAGUUGCAGACAGUGAGGAAGGCUGUCAAAGUAUACAGCAGUAUAUAGAUCAGGUACAGAAAUGGCUGGUAAAACAGCAGAUGGAGUUUAAUCCAAGCAACUGUGAGCAUUUAGGCGGUCGAAUGUAAGGGAAAGGCACACAGUUAAUGGCUAGAUUCUAAACAGAUUGAUGCACAGGUGGAUCUAGGGAUCCAAGUUCAUAGCUCCCUGAAAGUGGCAAUACAAGUAGAAGGAAUGGUAAAGAAGGUCUAUUGUAUGCUUGCCUUCAUUGGUCAGGGCAUUGAGUAUAGGAGACAUGAAGUCAUGAUGCAACUCUCUGACACUUUUGAUAGGCUGCAUAUCGAGUAUUGUUUGCAGUUCGGCUUGCUCCAAUGCAGGAAGAAUGUGGAGAUGUACAAAGAGGAGGUUCACUAGAAUGAUGCCUGGAUUAGGGGGUAUUAACUACAGGAAGAAAUUGAAGAAGCUUGGAUUGUUUUCUCUGGAACGCCAGAAAUUGAGGGGAGACCUAAUAGAAGUAUAUACAGUUUUGAGAGGUAUAGAUAGGGAAGACAGUCAGGGUGGAAAUGUCAAAGACUAUCGGGCAUAGGUUUAAAGUAAGAGGGGCAAAGUAUAAAGGAGAUGUGCAGACUAUUUAUUUUACACCGAGGGUGCUGUGUGCUUGGAACGUCCUGACAGGGAUGGCGGUGGAGGCAAUUACAAUAGUGACGUUGAAAAGGCGUUUAGAUAACACAUGCAUAUGCAGGGAAUGGUGAUAUAUGGAUCAUGAACAAGUGGGAGGGAUUAGUUUAUCUUGGCAUUAUGUUCAGCACAGACAUUAUGGGCCAAAAGGCCUGUCUCUGCUUUAUAUUCUAUGUAUAUUAUUGAUAAUCUCAUCUAAUACCAUCAUGUCUCCCUUAUCUGACCUCUUGUUAAAUAUGGAUCCAAAAGUUUCUUGCCUCUCAUCCAAUGAUUACAUUGGAACCAUUUGCUAAUAACUUUACUCCUGCCGUGACUAAUCCAUUUACAUUUAUAUGAACAUGAAAUAUUGUGUUACUAUUUUGUGUUAUAUUCCUUAUGUUCAUAGUUCCUCUUGCCCUUUCAGUUGUAUUUCGAUUUAUUUCCUAAUUUAGUUCUUUUAACAUACUCAUCCAAACACAGUUAGUACACUUAGCAUAAGCUUCUUUGAAACAUUCAAUCUUUCUCUUAUGUCAUUGUUUAUUCAUGGAGUCUCAUUACAGUUUAAUUUAUUCUUGUUUAUUCAUUGAAUAUAUUUUUCCUGGACAGAUCAAAAGGGUCAGAUUUACCCUGCUGUUUGAAAUCGUUUGCCAAUACUUUUGUACAUUUUAUUUUCCCAAGUUCUCAAAUUUUCCUUUCUCCAAUUCAAUACUUUGGUCUUCAUCAUACUUGUCCUUCUCACUUAUUAAAUCAAAUGAUAUUGUGGUCUCUGUUACUUAGCUACUCCUGUGCUUUUAUUUCUAAUCUCUGUGUAAAUUCUUUGUUGACUUUUUAAAAUCUGUUUGGUUAGGAAGUAGUCCUGUGCACUCUUUCUGCCUCAUUGCCUACCUUUUCAUGCCAACUAAUUCUGGUGUCAUAAUCAUGGGAUUUGCAUUUUCUUUCUCUGCUUGCUUCCUUUAUCAGAGUGCCUGCAGAUUAUUUUAAUUGACCUUUUAUAAAAUCUUUUUCACGACUGGAUUCAGAUGGAUUCCUUUUAUUGGUACUGAGUCUGUCCCUUUUAUCAUCUCCGCCUUUUCUGAAUGUGUCAUAUCCUGCAGGUUCUUUAUUCAAAUCCUGAGUUUUCAACCUAUGUCAAUAAUCACUCUUAAACUUUGUUCUAGAUAUUAUUGUCUCCAGCUGCCCUGCUUUAUCAUAGGUGCUAAAUGGGCGAAUCCUUGCCAGUUCAACUUUUUAAUUUUUGUUUCAUUCAUUCACUCAUUCAUUGGGAGGCGACAUCAUUAGCCAGCUUUGUGUUUGUUGUCCAUUCCCUUUUGCCUUUGAACCAAAUAGUUUUUUGUCAUUUGAUUUAAAAGUGAAUUACAUUGUUCUGUGCCUUGAAUCAUAAGUAGGUAAAAAUACUAGACUUCCUUCUUAAAGGAGCUUACCAAAACAAUUGUUUUAUUUUUACAAUCUGGUAGUUUCAUGGUUACAAUUAUGGAAAACAGAUUUUUAUUCUGGAUAAAUAAUAUUGAAUUUAUAUUCCCAGAUCAUGGGAUUGGAUUAAAAUUCAUGUUUCUGGAGUAUCACUCCAAAGCUCCAGGAUACGUUCAGAUGCAAGGAGACAGAAUUUAAAUCAGUGAGUUUCCAUGAUAAAUGUUCCUCCUGUUUCAAUUCUUGUAGGUCUUUGUCCAACUGGUGUUCCCCGUGAUUUUCAUCCUACACAGUUCAAUCUAACCUUUCACAAGUGAAACUUUCAAUAGGUUGAUUCUGUACUGAACCCAAGUGUGGAAAUCCAUUUUGUGGAAACACACUGCGUUUACUCCAAGAGUUGAGUGCUGGCAUCACUUGCCAGGAUUCUGAGUCUCAAAGUCUGUCUGAUGUUUCAAAAUGUUGAGGUAUCAUUAACCAUACAUUUGAACCACUGAUGCCUGCUGGGCCUCAAUGCUGAAGGCAGGUGGAGCGGAGAGCCCACAGGCUUUGGCGUAUUGGAACGUGUUGGCUUCUCAGUAUAAGGAACGAGUGCCAGAGGAAGUGGUUGGGGUAGGUCUUAUAAUAGCAUUUAAAAGACACUUGAACAACUCCAUGGAUGGGAAAGGUUUAGAUAGAUAUGGGCCAAACACAAGCAAAUGGGACUAGCUUAGAUAGGAUAUUUUGUUCAGCAUGAAUGAAUUGGGCCAAAGGGCAUGUUUCUGUGCUGCAUGGCUGUAUGACUGCAUUACCAGUAGAGGCUGAAAGAGGAGGGAAAAGGCCUCUAGCUAGAAGUUCUACUCUCAAAAUGUCUUUGGAAACAUUGCUUCAGCGUUAUAGAUGAGCAAUGUAUAGGAUUUUCAAAUGAUUUGUUUACUGACAGGUACUAUCCAUUCCAGACAUGGUUUGGGAUUUGAAGCUGCUCUGCUUUUACAACAAUCCUUUCUCAGUUGAUGAGUAAAACUGCUCAGGUGCCUCUACAGUGGAAUGCUUGCAGAUUUUUAGGAAUGUUUCUGUUUCAUCACAGGAUCUGUGAUUGAACAACAGAUUUAAAGGUGCCUAGUUGUUGUCCAUCAGUCACCAUGGCUACAACCAUGUCUGGACCGUUCUUCCUGACGCUGAUGGCUCCCAACCUUGCCUCUGGCUCAUUGCAAAUGGUGGUGGGGUGAGGUGUGGCUGGUAUCAGUUGUAAAUAGCUUGCAGUUACUAGGUGUGGAGGAUGACAGAGACUCUCAAGCAGAACGGAAUUAAUUUAAUUCCACUUUGGUAGAGCAGAGGCAGCAUAAAAAUAGUUUGCCAACAUGGAUAUUUUCUACAGGUUCAAGGAAUAAUAGAUGAAAUACUGAGCUCCUGCCACAAAAUCCAGACUAUUUAGAAUGAAUUGUAGAAUUAAAGAAAAAAUGGGAGUGAAAAAAAGGAAGCAUUGAAAAUAGUUUAUCUCUGAAUAUAUUGUAAGGGUGAGGCUAAUCACUAUUUACUUAGCUGAGAAACAAAAGCAGAUACUGUCUUACAUCAGGGAAUGAUGAAAACCAUGCUAUAUGCUGAAGUGUAAUAAAAAAAAGAACUGUAUACCAAAGAUCUUUAUCACAAAGAUAGACAUAAAAUGCUGGAGUAAUUCAGUGGGUCAGGGAGCAUCUCUCGUGAAAAUGGAUAUGUGACAUUUCGGGCUGUGUCUGAAGAAGGGUCCCGACCUGAAACAUCACCUAUCCAUUCUCACGAGAAAUGCUCCCUGACCCGCUGAGGUACUCCAGCAUUUUGUGUCUAUCCAUAUGCUGAAGGUUUGGACAUCUGCUUCAGAUUGAUUAAUCCACACCUUACAGAUGGUGUGAGUAAAAUGUCCACCCAUUUCUCCUCGAUAAUCAACAGUAUUACUAUUCUCAAAUUCCAGCAUUAAUAUUAUGGGGUUCACAGAUAACUAGAUGGUGGGAGAUGGUGUCCUGAGGUUUCCACUGAUGAUCCUACUAUCCACCUACUCCAGGGUUAACUUGCAGAAGCCAAUUUACAUACCAACUUGUCUUUGAGAUGCUGUGGAAACCAGGUGACCAUCAUAUUCUAUAUUAACAGGAGAUCAAACUCUGAUCACUGGAAUUAUGAAUCAUAGUGUCAGAAAAAUAUCCGGAAAUUGGGCCUCAGCCCACCAACCAACUCAACUACUCAUUUACACUCAUCAUACUUAAUCCCAUUGUAUUCUUCCCACUGUCUCAUCAACUACCCCCAGAUUCAAUCACUCACCUACACAGUGGCCAAUUAAUACAACAACCUGCACAUUUUUGGGAUGAGGGAGGAAAUUGGAACAUCUGGAGGAAACCACUCAUGCACAGAAAGAACGUAUAAAUUCCGAAUCUACACCACCAGAGGUUAGGAUUGAACCCAUUUCCCUGCAGUACUAUCUGCUGAGCCACUGAGGCAUUCUAUGUAGAGACUUGAUUCUAUUUAAAGUUUAAUUCCAAAUAUUUUGCUACUUUUUCACAAAUGCAGAGAAAUUCUCCACACCAGUCUUUUGGCCACGCCUGUAUCCUCUGGUAUAUUUAGUUUGAGAUACAACACGGAAAUAGGCCCUUCUGUCCAUUGAAUCCAUGGUGAUCAUCAAUCGCUCAUUCACACUAGUUCCAUGGUAUCCCACUUUUUCAUUCACCUUUUACACAUUAGGGGCAUUUUCACCGCGCAAAAAUUAGCAUACAAACUUGCAUAUCAUUGGGACAUGAGAGGAAACCGUAGCACCAGAAGGAAACCCACUGAGUCACAGGGAUAACGUGCAAACUCCACAUGGACUGCACCCGAGGUCAGAAUCAAACCUGGGUCUCUGAAGUUGUGAGGCCAUACUAUAUCUGCUGCGCAACCGUGUUGCCCUUAAAUCUGAAAAUGUUGGAAUCAUUCAAUAUGUCAGGCAAUAACCAUUUCUCUCUUCAUAGAUACAAGAUACAAGAUACUUCAUAGAUGCUGCUUGACAUGUUGAUUCUUUUCACAGUAUUUUCUGUUUUGUUUUGGAUUUUCAGCAUCUGCAGGUUAUUUUACAUUUUCAUUUCCUGUAUUCUUUGGCUGUCUCACUAUUUGAAUUGGAUUGUUUUAUGCUCACCCAAUUAUGGGUAGUUUAUUGGAAAUCAAUGGAUUUUCUAACACUAGUUACAAACAAGAUAAACUUGCUUGGUUGUGGCAAAGAGUUUCUCCGAACCACUUCACUCUGGUGAAGCUCAGUGAUGGAAAAGUGGAAAAUAAUAUUAGUUUUGAUUUCACAUUAUGAUUAUGAUUUGGAACUGUGCCAAUGGAACUGAACUCUAGCGACUGUCGGGAAAAGGCGGGGAGAAUAUUUUAAAAAUAAAGAGAGUUGAAAGAUGACAUCAAAAAUAAAUUCAGAAGAGAAUGAAACAGCUACAGUAUGAAACUGCAUGCAAAUAUCUUUGUGUUUCUAAACAAUGUGCGUUGCAGGCCAAAUGUUCAUGUGACCAAGAAGCUAAAAACAUUUUAAAUGCUGAUUUUUAAAAUUUCAAAAUGUUGUGCAAGAAAACUGAAUGUAGACACAGUACAGAACUGCAACAUCACAACCGGGAGUAGCUGUGUAUCUUCAGAGUUGAAAACACUGCACGGAUCAUAUUGUUUAUUAGUUCUGAGGCGGCUCGGGAGAGUAUUGAAAUGUUGCCACAAAGUAUAUAUCCCAUCCAGUCCAAACUUCUGUAUCUUAUGCUAUUACCACAAAGAAGAUGGCAAGUUUCCAUUAAAACUCUUUGAGAUAAAAUCCGUCAGAGGUUGCCUUUAACAGUUUCAUGAUGUGUCACAGAAAAGGGAGCCUGCUCGCUUGUCAGGAAAUGUUGGCAAGCAGACAGGGGGGCGUGAUUCACUGGAUUAAUAAGUGGAAAGAGGAGUGCCGGUCUGUACUGUGACAUAGUGAGCCACAGUAGCUCAGACGGAGUUGUACUUCUAAACUCAGUGUUAGAUAUUGCAGAAUUAUCUAGGGCUUUUUACAGCUGUUAGGCACAAAACAAAAGCAAGCCGUGAUAUAUGAAAGGGCCUUUGUGUUUGGACAAGCUGUAAGCUUAUUUACAAUGUGGAAGGGAGAACCUAACACAUUUUUCUGGCUGUGCAAGCAUCAUAAAACUGAGAGGAGCACGGGGUUCUCGAUGACAAGUGCAAAUAUUUGCUGCAAGAUUAAUGUAUCCUGUGAGAAUAGAGGCAAGAAUGGACUUCUGCGCAAUAAAGCAUGAGGCAGUGUUAACUUAUCUGACCAGGAAAACCUUCUUAGAAACCUUUGCAUUUGGAAAUCUUUAAAGAAUCAUGAUUUUGCCAGCCAUGACUGGUACUUCAAAUCUCAGUGAAAUGUUCAACUGAAGCUUUUUCAACUGGUUCAAGCUUUUGGAAUUUCUGAAGACAGCUUUAUUUUUGCAGACCUCCUCCACUCCCUCCCCUUUUUACCAGCCUACUUGUCCACUGAAGGAGGCACAUUCAUGCAUUGCUUCUCCCACUGCAAAUCACUUUUCUAAGCUCAACAGAGCUCUGAAUUCAUCGUGUCAUGCUGCAUUCUUCAAGCUUGCUGCUCCGAUGAGAUCCUACAGUGUGUGGCUGAUCGUUAUGAGUGGGGAGUGCUGACCCUUAGCACAGACUUGUUCUUCUGAACACAGACAGUGUGGGCGGACCAUACAUCCUGAAGCAAUGGGAUAACAGUGAUAUACUGAGGAAGAUGAAUUCACAAUCGCUGGACACCUGUAUACAGAGCAUUCUCUCUGCUUUGUAUCCUCCGUUCAAUGCUACUGCUCCUACUGUGCUCAGUCAAAUCUUCAGGGUGAUCGACACCGUGUACAAAGGAGAUGGACUCUGCUGCUUGCUAGAUUUCCUGAUUCCAGCAAAGCGUAUCCUGGAGACUGUGCAGCAAGAUGCUUGUGCCGAAUAUUCAAGCCUCCUGUUCCGUCACGAAGGCUGGCCUUUGUGCCUCCACGAGAAGUUAGUGGUGCAGUUGUCAUCAUUCAACAUCUUUCUUCUGCGCCCAGGUGAUUUCUACCUCCAAAUUGUACCCGUUGGGAAGCAGUCUGCACGGAUUGUGUUGAAAUGCUUGGGCAGGGACCUCCGCAGCGUGGAAGAGAAGUUAAUACCAGAAGUAUCCUACACUAAUAUUUUUACCACAGAAUGGCUGGAAACAAUAAACAGUGAACGUUCAGGAACACCAUUGCAAACUUGCCUACUUGCCACUGAUAAUGGAGUUGUAAAAGAGCUUUGGUCUAAAAUAGUAAACCCUGAAUUUGUAAAUAAGACCAAAGCAGCACCAUCAUCUGGGCACGAAACAUCUUCCGUUCAGGAAACGGGUAACAACUGUGGUUCCGCUAGGAUGACUUUGCAGACAGGAAUAGAGAUGGCUCAUUCGGUUGGAUCUUCUGAGCUAGAUUCAGAUAACAAAAUCAAAAAUCCUUUGACUAACUUGGGCCAAAAAGAAGGUGCAAAAUGUUUAAGUCACCUAUCCAUGAAAUCGGGAAUAAUCUCAGCAAAUCAAUUUGAAAUCUCCAAUGAAAAUGUUGAAGGAGAUUAUGUGGAUUUAAUGAUGUUUUCUAAAGAUAAAUGCUCUGAUAACAGGACUGCACAGCUUCCACUGAAGAAAGGUGAAUCUUCUGUGGUUCCAGUCAACGGCACAUGGGCAUGUGGAGGGACAAUUAGGUUUGCAUCAGAACCUUGCACACCAUGCUUAAGCAGGUCAAACAGAGACUUUGAAGAACAAGGGAUAAAAUGCCGCUAUCGUGAAUCUUAUAUAGAAGCCCUGCAAAAUCCUUUGAACUUUGGGUUCAGCUUUCAAGCAGCAGAAGCUUCCACAGAGGACAGGAAAGAUCAGGCCAACCACAAGUCCAACCGUGAUACAAAAAGCACAGUCCAGCGCAAGGAUUCCACCCGAUCUACUGCUGCACCAUCGUGCAAAACUGCACUCAAGGCCAAAUUAUCAGCGCAUCCCAUUCCAUGUUCCACUUCAGUUAAGGCACCAUGCCAAUCCAUGGCUAAGUUUGAUGCUCAAAUUGAGUCGAUGUCUUCAGAUCUUUGCACCAAGCAAACAGUUCCCGAUGACUCGAGAUCAUGCCUGCCAGCUGGUGAUACUGUGUCCUCCGAACCUUUGCCUGGCAGGAAAAGUAUGGAAGCUACAAAAAGGUGUUCAGCUGGUUACGUAUCUCCAAGAAACCGAAGACAUAAAUCUCAGGGAAAAGAACGGCUGCAGAAGAGGUUCCCUACACAAUCGCUGGAUUUAAACAGUGAACUGCUACAUUCAGGAAUUGCUUGUUUACCAGGAAGCAGGGAUAAGGCAGGAAGAGCUGUGUUACAAAUCUGCACGGAUAAUAGCCUCCUGCAAGGACAAACCUGUACCAGCAAUGACCUCACCAGGCUCCUACUGUACCUCCACAACAUUCCCAGGAAGGAGGUUGGCGAUCUGGGUCUAACGAUAGUUGUGGAUGCUCGAAAACAACCCCCGCAUCCCGUGUUAUUUAAAGCAUUUGGAUUGCUACAGGAACGUGUUUCCCACUCUAUUCACUGUAUACUGAUAUUGUCAGAUAAAGACGCAACUGUCAAGCUUGAGAAAUGUCCUGGAAUAUCUAUGGAAGUUUUGACAUCCUUGAAAACACUUCAUAAGUUCAUUGAAAGCACUCAACUGACUGAAAAUCUGGAGGGAACAUUCCCUUACAAUCACUCUGGAUGGAUUCAGUUUCGUACGAAACUCGAGUCAUUCAUUGCAAACUGCCGAGAGACUUCCAAUUUGUUAAUGGACACCAUUAGAAUGUUUGAAUAUAAUAAACCCAGCAACAAUGCGCAGGAAGUUAUUAAUUGCAUCAGUAACCACAAGUUGACCAUGCAGAGGGUUUUGCAAGAUGCCCGGUUGGUUAAUUUACAACUGGAAGGUGGAGCAAUUCUCGCCAGACUCAAGAAAGAGGAAACUCGAUUCAGUUUCUCUGAGGACUACAGGGAUGCCAUUGAUUCAGUAACACCUCUCUAUAAUACGGUGGAAGAAAGUGUCCAUUCUCUAGUGAUGAAGUCCAAUCAGUGUCUGCAGCAUUUGGAGUUCUUGCAGAAUCUGAGGACACUUGAGGAUAAAUUUAAACAGCAAAACAACUGGCUUCUUUGUGAAGGUGAACCAUAUCUGCAGAAUUCAGUCCCAAGUGGAGAUUCACUUAAAGUCAUACAACAAACCCAGCAAAAGUUCAGUGAAUUCUUUAUCUUGGCCACACAGGAAUACAAAAAGAGUUUGGAGCUGUUGCAGGAGGCAAAUCAACUGGAUGGUUUCUCGUAUCCUGAGUUUUCAGUUUUCAAAGAUAUGGUGGAAGAGUUUAAAACCCGACUUGACAAUUUUAACAUUAGUGCUAAGAAACAGCAGGCAGAAUUGAAUGCUCUAGUCAACCUGUACAACUACUGUGAUAAGGCUCUGAAGCUGAUCGAGGAUUGCAAAUGUUGCUUGGCCCAGCUGGGAACAUGUAACUCCACAAAAUUCAGUGAAGAAACACUGCAGCAUCUUGAAAAUUAUCAUCAACGAUUUUCAGAAUUCUCUGUUGAAAAAUUUAAUCAGAUGAAGAGUCAGACCCAUGGCCCGAACAGCGUUCAGGGCAUGAAGAUGUGGAAUGUAACUUUGUUGAAUUACGAAGAAGUCAGGCAACUCCUUGAGGAAAACCUAGAGUUGUGCAGGAAGGUGCUGAAGGCUGAUGGAAGUUCUUCUUCAGAUAGCAAGAGAGAGUCAAAGAGCGCUGAGCAAAAAAGCAGUAAGGACUUGGUCUCAGGUGCCUCUCAUGUGAGUGGGAGUUUUUGGACUGAAGAAAGAAUAAUCUGGCAGAAAAAGGAAGAACAUAAACAUUUGCCUACGAAGAGCAUUCAUAAUCACAAAGAAAACGUGACAAACAAGUCAAAAAGGGUACAAGCCAAGUCUUCAGUAUUUGAAUGGUCAGUGUGUCUGAAUACAAAAGAUGAGUCGAGUGAUGAGAGGAGCCCUCAGAUCUCUUCCCUCCCUUCCUACUCAAACCCAAUAUUUUCUCCCGCUGCUCGUCACAGAAGUUAUCCCUCAAAAAAGAUUAUGCAGGCAGCACAGGGCUUCCAGUUGUCACGGCAUGCGAGCUUUUGCUCUGAAGACAAACAUUAUAGGAGCACUGCAACUGGCAGUAAAAGAAGUGGUGCUGCUCCACCGAUUAGGUCUGUUCUCAGUGAACCUGAAGGACCAAGCAUGUCACGAGGAGCAAUACACGAACUGACAAAGGAGAAUUCAUGCAACAAACUGCAACACAUUAUGGAAGAGAUAUUGAUCACUGAGAGGGAGUACGUCCGUUCCCUUGGAUACGUCACUUCACAAUACUUCCCUGAGAUGGAUCGUAUGGACCUUCCUCAGGAUUUGCGGGGACAUCGAGGGACCAUCUUUGGAAAUCUAGAGAAACUGUAUGACUUCCAUAGCCAGUACUUCCUGAAGGAGCUGGAAAGCUGUGCAAGGGACCCCAUCAGAGUUGGACGCUGCUUCCUUAAACACGAGAAACAGUUUGGACUGUAUGCGCUGUACAGCAAGAACAAGCCCCGAUCAGACUUACUGCUCAGCAGCCAUGGAAACACCUUUUUCAGGGCCAAACAGCUAGAAUUAGGUGACAAGAUGGACUUGGCAUCGUAUCUUUUGAAACCGAUUCAGAGAAUCAGCAAGUACAACCUACUCCUGAGGGAUAUGUUCAAAGAGUGCAGCACAGCCCAGGAAAAAGAGUGCAAGGAACUGCAGGGAGCCCAUGAGAUAGUGUGCUUCCAGCUCCGGUAUGGGAACGAUCUUCUUGCCAUGGAUGAUAUACAGGAGUGUGAUGUGAACCUGAAGGAGCAGGGCCAAUUAUUACGUCGGGACGAGUUUGUUGUAUGGUCUGGGCGAAAGAAAUGUUAUAGGCACAUCUUCCUCUUUGAAGAUCUCAUACUCUUCAGCAAGACCAAGAAAACAGAAGGAAGCAAUGACAUCUAUAUCUACAAACAAUCCUUCAAGACUUCUGAAAUUGGAAUGACACAUAACUCUGGUGAAAGUGGACAACGUUUUGAAAUUUGGUUCAGAAGACAGAAAUCCCAAGAUACUUAUAUCUUGCAUGCACCAACUCCAGAUGUGAAACAGGCGUGGAUAGAUGAUUUAGAGAAAAUAUUAUGGAACCAAGCGUUGAGGAACAGAGAACACCAGAAGCAGGAGAGGGUGUUUAUGGGCAUUGGCAAUAAGCCAUUUAUGGACAUCAAACCUAGCGAAGCAGCCAUCAGUGACAGGUCGGUUCACUGCAUCACAAAAGGGAAAGGUAUGAGUUUAACUCGAAGGCUAACUUAGUGAGGGACCGGAUUCUGCAGUGUAUCAGAAAAAGCAUCCUAUGUCUUGGAGGCUGAGCUUAAAGACUUUUCUUCCAUUGAUUACGAGCAGAUUUUUGAUAAUCAUAACUAUUAAAAAUCCAAACGAAUGACUUCAGUAAAACGUUAAUUGACAAUCAUCUCAGAAUCAUCUUCAAGGCCACAAGAACUAAAUGUUAGAGGUUGACAUGUCCUAUUCCUCAUUGAUUGGAACCAAGGUAUUAAACAACAGGAGUAUUAGCUAGAUUCAACCAUUGUCACAGUUAACCUUGACAUGAGUUUACAAUCUUGAGGCACAUAAUAGAAAAGUAUUUUAUUAUUUGCUGUUUAUUCUUUUUAAAAAGUAUGCAACUUCCUGUUAUAUAAAGACACCAAUUUCAUCCAUACUGGAAGGACUACAGCAUUACAGUGGUGUGAAAUUUUGGAUUAUAUUGACAUUGUAGCUACGUUGUUCUUUGAUUAAAUAUCUUAUGCGCUACAUAAAUUCAAGUCAUCAAUGCACCUGUUUGUUGUAAGUGAAAAUUGUUAUGAUGACCAAUCGAUUCUUCAUUUCUUCUAUGCUUGCAACACAGAGGAACAGCUUGUGAACCAGAAAUCUUGUGAAAGAAUGAAAAAGUUGCAUUCACAUUAUAUUUACAUCAUUUAUGAUAUAUACUUUCAUCCAGCCACCUUCACAUUUAAAAUAAUUAAUUCAAGCCUUUAGCAAUAUCCCAUGUGCCUGCUAAAUGAUAU